AUGGGGCGUGACUAUAAUAUAGUAAAUCAUUUAUUGUCAAAAUUGUCUGCCACUUUCAAUGUGAGGGAUCUUGGUGAACCUGACUUGUAUGAUGAUCCUACGCAGUACAUGAGCCUAGUUGGAGCUUUACAGUAUCUCACCAUCACGCAAUCAGAUUUAUCCUUUGCAGUCAAUCAGCUUUGCCAACAUAUGCAUGCUCCUACAGUCUCACAUUGGGAGCAACUGAAGCGUGUGUUGAGGUAUGUAAAAGGAACAACUUCUUUUAGUUUACGGAUUCGAAAGUCAGAGUCAACAGAACUUCAUGCCUUCUCUGAUUCUGAUUGGGUUGACUGUCCUGAAGAUCGUAAAUCUACUAGUGGUUAUGUUGUGUUUCUUGGAUCGAAUCUUGUGUCUUGGGUUUGCAAGAAGUAA